AUGUUUUUGUUUCCAUGCACCUCCUUCUCUUACCUGUCUUCAUUUCUCUUCAUCAUCCCGCUUCCUUUCUCCCUCUCGUUCUAUCUCACUGACUCCAACCCACUUUUAUCCUUCAGUAAUCAAGUCAGAGAGGUACACCUCUACACAGAGAAUCACAGAAGAGGGAUGUACCUGCAGAUGACUCUGGAUGGGAGAGUGUCAGGAGGCGACGCUCACACCGCUGACAGUGUCCUGGAGCUGAAAUCAGUCCAAGCGGGCCAUGUUGUCAUCAAGGGACGGAGGUCGUCUCUGUUCCUCUGCAUGGACGGCGGCGGCCGUUUGAGCGGGAAGGGGCAGUACUCGGAGGCCGACUGCACCUUCAGGGAGCUGCUGCUGGCAGAUGGAUACACUCGUUUCCUUUCCUCGCUGCACAGAUUCCCCGUGUCUUUGGCGUCGAGACAGUCCCCGGACCGACACAGCAUCCCCUUCACUCGAUUCCUACCGCUUCGGAUCGCUUUGGCGGAGGAGAGUGUGUCCGAACAGCCACCGGACAGUCAGAGACGCUUCCACGUGGACUCCGGUGAUCUUCUUGGAAUGGCUGUGAACACGGUGGACAGUCCUCAGUUCUCAGAGCACAAGUAA